UAGGGGCUGCGUUGGAUUAAUGUUGCGAGUGGUGGUAUGAGGGUGAGGUUGAGGUGAAGAAAAUUUAGAGAAUUUUGUGAUUUUGAGGGGGUGAAUUGUUUCUCUUGUAUUAUGAAAGUUUCUCGUCAUGUAAAGUUUCUAGAAAAUGUUCAUAAAUAAAUGAUUAUUAAGACUGGUUUUGUAUGAAUUUUGGAUAAGAAAUUCUUGCAUUAGGAGAGUUAAAUUAAGCAGCCUAUAUCUCAAACAGUCUAUAUCUAAAGCAUUAACUGAAAAAUUAUCAUUAACAAAGGCCAUAUGCUUGAACAUUCAUCACUUAAAAACUAAAGAGGUUAAGUCUAGUAAUUAAUGGAUGAAUUUUUUAGGAGCAACGCUCUUUCUUCAACCUUAUUUUAUGCUACAAAAGCAGCUUUAUAUCAUUCUUAAAAUUUCUAAAAUAAAUUUGGGUACUAUUAGUUAUGAAAGUGGUGAACAAUAAAUUUUGCUUCACUUGUUAAACAGCCGAAUUGGACUUUAACAGCACCAAUGAAGCAAGAAUAAGGCAUCAGUAAUCUUGAAGGAUUAAAUCUGAGCAUUUUAGCAUGACAUCAGUGUAAUUUUUGAUUUUCUAUUAUGUAAGAAAGCUAAAUAAUAAAGCAUUAGGUUAUUACAUCACUUAGAUUAUCAGUAUAAUAAUUUUGAUAUACCCCUCAUUUUAAUGAUAGAAACUCAAAAUCUAAAAAUUGUUGGUCUUCUUAUUUUAUCGUUUGAACUUGUUCCGAGAAGUUGAACGUCCUGUAAAAUUUUAGUUCCAGAAAUAUCGCUAAUGUUUCAACUAAAAGUUUAUUAUUCCAGAAUAAAUUUUACAGUUUUUGGUGAUAUCCAUCUAUAAAUUUUUCAUAGUAUUGGAAAUCAAAUAAGCGCAGCAAAUCUUGACCAAAUAAGAGAGACAAUAAGUCUUUUAAGAGUCUUCUAGCCCUCCCGAAGUUUUACGAAAAUUUCUAAAUUGCGUAAUAACUGCACAUUCUGUCCCUUUCUACACCUAUCUCCUCCCCUUACAAACUUUAAUCCCCCAAAUUUCCCUUCCCACCUCCCUUGUUCCUUCCUAAUUAAAUUUUCCGACUGCUCCUUAGCCCACUCAAUCCUAAUUUUGAGAUUCAGGCUGGCCCCUUUCUGCGUUCGGAUUGCUUUAAAUUUAAGAAAUUUAUUGAAAAAUCUGAUUUUGUUCGUUGCACCAGUGGGUAUUAUGAGGAUGAAUUUGGCUGCAGAGCAUGCCAUCCUAGUUGUAAGACGUGAACACAGUAUGACAAAUGUGAUGUGUGAGACAAGAAUUAUAUCACCUCCAGAUUCAAACCUUUGCAAAUUUCCUGAAUGUAGUCAAGGCCAAUUCUAUUCGAUCCAGAAAGAAGAGUGAUUCGAAUGUGAAACAAGUUGAUUGGAAGAGUGUUCUCAUCAGCCAAUGUGAUACCAAUGACCUGAUAGCAAAGUAUUUAACCUGGAUAGAUUUCAAUGUGUGGAAUCAUGAAAUUCAGAAACAGGAAUUUUGAUAAACGAUACGACAAUCUCUGAUUUCCCUUUCUGUAGAUCUUUUACUUACUAUCUAAACCCAUUUGCAGGAUGUCCAACUGAGCUUGGGACAUUAAAAUAUCCAUACAAGUCUCUUGAAUUGAUCCUAGAGGAUAUUUAUUUAGUUCAUUCUCAUUCUGAUAGGACUAUUACUAUAAAGUUAAUAGAAGAUAGCACCAACUUUGUUCAUCAAAAUAGGUUCAUUAUCGAACUAAAUGAAGUCAUCAUCGAGUCUUACAGUGAAGUUUCAACAGUUCCAAGAAAAGCCAAACUUGUUGCUACCAACACUGAUGAGGCUCUUCCUGAGGAGUACACUUCACCAACUCUAUUCAAAUUGAUAAAAAGCCACAACACCACUCAGGAAAUCACCAAUGACUCCAAAAUCUCAUCAGCUGACAAGACAUUGAUGUUCACUGGGGAUUCUAUCUUAUACAUCUACAAAACUAGCCUUACUCUGAACAAUUUGUAUAUCACCACUGGAUUCAGUUCUGAAGAAGCUUCAAAGAUAUAUCUGAAUCCAAUUUACUUGGGAAGCAAGACUCUCAAAAUACACAACUCUAAGGUGCUCCACCAAAGUUUGUUUGUCAAGACUAGUCACCAAAUGAACUUGGAGAUUCUUGACACUGAGAUUGACUUGUACAAAUCAUCAGGUGGUUUUGAUCUUUCUCUUGGAUGUUUCAACUCAGAUAUUCAGUCAACAACUUGACUCGACGGAUUAAGACUUUAUUACUCACAGAAUUUCAAAAGAAAUUUAAAGCAAACUCCUCCAUUAUUUAUCCAAGAAGGAGGAGACAUUAUCACGAUAAAAAACUCUAUAUUCCAAACUUAUGGGGAGCUGGACUUGUCAGGAUCUUUCUUCAGCCAUUUAGACCAAGCUUCAUGAUCAGAUGCUCCCACUCACUCAAUCACCAUCACAAACUCAGCAAUGGUGUCUCCUGAAUUCACUCCUUCAUUCCUUCAGCCAUCAUCUAAUUUUAAAUUUGAGAGAGGAGAUGGAGAGUGGGCCACCAGCAUAAUCUUCGACAACUUCACUAUCAAAGACUUUGACUUGAAAUAUUCUACCCCGAUCCACAUCAAUCAUAAUGGGUUCAUCAAUUUUGUCCUCAAGAACAGCAACUUUGCCAACCUUAUUCUUGGGAAAAAUUUAGUCAAAACUGGAGACAUCACUAAUAUUGGAUGCAAAAAUUAUAUUAUGGAGAAUGUGCAAUUCGAUAACAUUACUAUCAGAGAUGGAGGGCUUUGUGAUAUCGUAGCCAAGAAUACUAUCAGUGUGUCCAAUAUAGUUUUUACAAACACUCAGUUUAUCUCUUCUCAAAGACACACUCUUCUAAAAAUGGAAAUAUCUGAAUCUGGUGAUAUAAAUAUCUCUAACAUCACAAUAUCAGAAGGAAUAAUGAUGAACAGGAAGACUCUUUUCGAGCUAUCUAAUACCUUUGGAGCCACGACAAUUUCCAACCUAAAUAUUACUUCAUUCAAUGCUAAUAGAGAUUCUUCGUACAUUAAGCUGCUAAAAUCAAACCAUACAUCCCUGAAUGAUAUGGUGUUUACUAAUCUACUACCUGAGCCUUUAGAAGAUGUAUCAUGAGUGAUUCUAAAUUUCAAAGAGAUUUCAUCUGAAAUCUCGAAUAAUAUCACAAUAAAUUCUAUGAUUACAACAAAUUCAGUUGUAAAUACUUUAUGGUUGUCAAAUCCUUCCCAGAGAAAAGAUAUUGACCAAUAUAUCUUGGUCAAAGGACUUAUAGUUCAAGAUGUCAUUAAUAGAAGAAGAGAAGAAAUGAUUCAUUUGUUUGAUAUUAAUUCCCAAGGUAUUUUCAAAGUCAUCUUUGACGGCCUCGUCAUGAGAAGAAUCAUUUUUGGUAUCACAAGUAAUGAGAUUCCUUAUGAUGAUGAAGGUAAUGUCUUAUAUGAUAGCAUUGCAAUUGAUGCGUCAAUAUUCUCAAGAAUUAUCGAAUUUCAUCACCAAACAAAUGAACAAGUCGAGAUUAGGAACUCUAUAUUUGAAGAAUGCAAGAACAUUAUGAUAGAGACUCUUCCUCAUGAUCCAACAUACCAUAUCAAAACCAAGGUUGCCUUUCAUAAUAUUACAGUCAGGAACAUGGAUUUUACCACUGUAGACUUUAUCAUAAUCCAAGGGACAUCAGACAUUUUAGUGACUAAUUCAAAGUUCUACCAUAAUACCAAUAUUUGGAGAGGGAUUUUCAUCUUUGUAUUGGCAAAGCAUUCUAAUGUCUCCAUUUCAGACUCUGAGUUCUAUAACAACACCACUCCAACAGCAGCUCUGUUCAAUGUUGACACAGGAGCAUCUCUCACUUGUCUCAGGUGUAACAUGACUAACAAUUUUGGGCUGGAGAGUGGAGUGGUCUCAACAUCUUUAGGAGGAAAUUUUGUCUUCAUGGACUCACACAUUGAAAAUAAUUUUGGAUACAUUGCAUCUGUAGGGAUUGUAACUCAAUCUGAUAAAAGCUCAUUGGUUAAUAACUGUACGAUAAAGAACAAUUUUGUUGUGAGUAAAGAACAAGUUCUCAAUGAAGUACUCAACUAUGAUUAUAUUCCACAAUCCUUCAGAGAUUUUAUUAAAAAUUCAUCAUCUCUUUUUGAGCAGAGAACCAAAAAGGCUCUUUUUAGCAUCGAAAUUGGUCAACUUGAAAUAACUAACAACUCAAGGAUUGAGCAAACUGAGGGUGUUCUUUUCUCAAUGGGCUCAACUGUGAAUAUUUACAACAGCACUUUCUCAGAUCUUCUUACAGAAUGGUACUUCUUUGAUAUUAUCGAGUCAAACGUCUUACUCGAUAGUAUCAAGUUGAAGACAAUCAAAAAGAAUAUGGUUGACUAUUCUUCUAUCAUAAGAUCUAUUAGUUCUAAUGUGAUAAUAAGGCAUAGUCAAUUUGAAAACAUUCAUAUUCCUGUGAUUUUUGGUUCUCUUUCCUCAAUUGAAAUGACAAACCUGACUACAUUAUCAAGUUUCCUAUACACCCAAAACAUGUUGUGGCUUUGGUCUUGCCCAUUAAUAAGAAUGAAGGAAAUCCUUGUCAAAACUACUCAACUUAGUGUUCCUCUGUAUAUUAUUGAGAAAUCUUAUAUUCAAACUCUUGAAGACAUCUUUAUUACAGAUAUUGGGUGUUCACCUUUCCUCAUUGAGAAGUGUGUUCUAGAGUUAGCCAGGAACAUUACUAUCGUUAACGCUCUCAGAGGUUUCAAAAUUUUUGAAUCAGUUGCUCAUAACAUCACAUCUAGCUCUUUCUCCACCAGUGGCUUCACUGGCCAGCGUGCUGGCGGUUCAAUUAUUAUUAGAAGAAGCAACGUCACCAUCGAAAAUUGAGUUUUCAGAGAAAAUCAAGCUCAAACUGGAGGAGCCAUUAGUAUAACAUGAGUGAUAGGUGAAAAGUGCUUCAACUACAUCUCCAAUACUUCAUUUAUUGGCAACAUUGCUUACAUUCAAGGAGGCGGAAUAAAUUACAAUACUUACCCUCCCAUUCUGUCGAACGUGAGCUUCGACUCCAACAUUGCUCCUUAUGGGGCCGAUAUUGGAAGCUAUGCUCUUGAUAUUAUCUUUGAAAAGACAAACUCAACUUUCAUGAGUAUUUACAAUGUUGGGAGUGGAAUUCCUCUGACUCAGAAUAUCACUUUAAAAGUUAUUGACCCUGAACAUAAUGUAAUGAACCAAUUAAGCGAUGGGUUCAUUACUUUAUCAUACUCAGAUAUUGCUGGACAAAACUCUAGCUCGAAAGGAAUCCUUGGCAAUGACAGAGUUCCAAUUUUGAACGGAACAGCUGUAUUCACCGAUAUUACACUGCUUGCUCCCCCUGGAUCUCAAGGAGUGAGGUUUCAUGUGGAGUCUAAUAAAGUUCGGAACAAAAAGGCUAUUUACAACAUUUCAGAUGUAAACAUUUAUGAAUACACCACAAGUUUCCUGGUUGACUUUAGGUACUGAAUUCCUGGUGAAAUGCAACUGAAUGAGAGGUGCAUAGAAUGUAGUGCUCUGACUUAUUCAUUACAAAACAAUGCUACUAAAUGCAAUAAUUGAAUGGAUAAUGCUCAAUGAUUUGGAAAGAAAGAUAUUUCAGUUGAUAAAGGUUAUUGGAGAAAGAGUGAAAUAACCACAGCAGUUAUUGAAUGCCCAAGAAAGGAAUCAUGAGAAGGAGGAUAUCAUCCUGAAAAUGAGUACCCUGUGAAAUGUCAGGAAGGAUAUACUGGCCCACUAUGUAUUGAAUGAGUAACAACAGAAGAAGUAAAGUAUCAGCCUAGAGCAAAUUUUCAAUGAGGAAAAUGUCCUAAUAAGCUGAUGAAUGCUAUCAGAGUUAUUGGUCUUCAAAUUCUCGUAUUGACUUUCCUUGGAUUAAUAAUAGUAGUUAAUUUCAAGAAAAAGACUGAAAACCAACUUUCAAUUCUUUUAAGGAUAUUUACAAAUUACAUCCAGCUAAUUUCUGCAUCGAUCUCAUAUAACAUUGAUUUUCCAAAAUCAUUCAAUGAUCUUUUCUCUCUCAGUGAUAGACUCAGUUCAGCAGAAUAUUCUUUCUUUUCAUUUGAUUGCUUUAUUGAGGAUUACGAAGUCAAGCUGUUUGCUCCUUCAAAUGCUCUCUUCAAAAUGAUGCUGUACCUCAUCCUUCCUCUAUUUGUAUUCUUAUUGGUAUCAAUAGGCAUCUUUGCUUGGAGACUGUUCAUGAAAAUGUUGAAGCCAGAGAACCAAUAUGAUAUGAAGAGACUUUUCACAAUUUCAUUCAUCUGUAUAAUGUUCUUGUUCCAUCCAACUUUGAUCUUCCAAUCUCUCAAGGUCUUCCAAUGCAUCAAAAUUGAUGAUGGUGAAUCCAGAAUGAUCAUGUACAUUGAUGCUCAGUGAUACUCUGGAGAACAUCUCAAAUGGAUAUUCAUUGGGGGACUUCCAAUGAUUCUCAUUUGGGUGGCGGGAAUGCCAUUUCUUCUGUUUGUAAUCCUAUAUAAAAAUCGCAACAAACUGGAAAAAGAAACAAUUCAAAAAUAUUUUCUCAUAGUCUACCAAGGACUAAAAAGCAAAUGCUUUUACUGGGAGAUAUUCAACACUUUCAGGAAAUUCAUAGUGCUUGCAUUCAAUGUGUUUCUGUCAACAGCUGAUCCCAAAUACAAAAUUUUAUGAGCCAUUAUUUCCCUCAUAAUCAUGAUGAAGGUGCAGGAACGCUUGAAGCCAUACAAAAAUCCAGAGAACAAUAGGAUAGAGAUCAUUGGAAUUAUUGCUGGCUUAAUCACUCUCUAUUGAGGGAUUGUGUUCAUCCCACAAGAAAGAGCUCUUAAAUCUUUAGAAAUAGCCAGCUUGCUCUUAUUGAUGGGCAUAAAUGCAUAUUUCUUGUUACACUGGGGAUACAAUGUCUGCCAAUAUUUGAAUUACAAAAACAAAUACUUUGUUGGAUUUCUAAAGAUUUAUAAAAUAAUGUUGUGUCAGAACACCCCAAGACCUAAGCUUCCCGACUCAGAUUUUGAGAAGGAACAAAUACCAAAGAAGAAAUUAGUCAAUCCAAAGAAGAAAAAAAUUAUUCGAAAGAAAACCUAA